AUGGAACAUCCUGCUAUUAGUCUUUGUAUUCUUUCUACAGCCGGUGGUAUGAUGGGCUUCUAUCGUAAGAAGUCGAUGGUCUCUCUAGUGGCUGGUCUUACAGUCGGUGGUCUCUACGGUGUCUCAGCGUACUUAUUACAUGGUAAUAAGGACUACGGUCUAGAGAUUGCUUUGGGGACGUCUGUUUUAUUACUAGGUGGUGGUAUUGCUAGAGGUAUCCCUGUCCGUUUUAAGAAGAUUGUGCCUUGUUCUUUGACUUUACUUGGUGGUUUAGGAACUUUUUACUACUAUAAAAAAUAUAAGGAAUUUUAUCCAUAA